GGGCUUGAAUGCCGGAAGUGAGAGUCCCGCAGUUACUGCGGUUGGAGCUCCGGCGGGUGGGAGAUGCGCUGCCAACCUGAGCCCGAGAACCAAAGCGCUGGUUAGAGGUGCGAGGGCGAUUAGGAGCCGGGGCUGAGCGGCUGUGGCGCAGUCAGGUCAUGGGCUCGACCAAACACUGGGGAGAAUGGUUCUUGAACCUGCGGGUGCCCCCGGCCGGGGUGUUUGGCGUCGCCUUUCUUGCCCGAGUUGCCCUGGUUUUCUACGGGGUCUUCCAGGACCGGACCCUGCGCGUGAGGUAUACAGACAUAGACUACCAGGUCUUCACGGACGCCGCGCGUUUCAUCACGGAGGGGCAUUCCCCUUACCUGCGGGCGACGUACCGGUACACUCCCCUGCUAGGUUGGCUCCUCACUCCCAACAUCUACCUCAACGAACUCUUUGGAAAGUUUCUCUUCAUCAGCUGUGACCUCCUCACCGCCUUCCUUCUCUAUCGCCUGCUGCUUCUGAAAGGGCUGGGGCGCCGCCAGGCUUGUGGCUACUGUGCCUUUUGGCUUUUUAACCCCCUACCUAUGGCAGUGUCCAGCCGAGGCAAUGCUGACUCGAUCGUCGCUUCCCUGGUCCUUAUGGUCUUGUACUUAAUAAAGAAAAGACUGGUCGCAGGCGCAGCUGUGUUCUAUGGUUUUGCGGUGCAUAUGAAGAUGUAUCCGGUGACCUAUAUCCUUCCCAUAGCCCUCCACCUGCUCCCAGAACGCGACAGUGAAGAAGGCCUCCGUCAAUCCCGGUAUUCUUUCCAGGCUCGUUUGUACGAAUUCCUGAAGAGGCUGUGCAGUUGGGCUGUGUUGGUCUUUGUAGCAGUUGCUGGACUCACAUUUUUUGCCCUGAGCUUUGGUUUUCACUAUAAAUAUGGUUGGGAAUUUUUGGAGCAUACUUACUUUUACCACCUGACUAGGCGGGAUAUCCGUCACAAUUUCUCUCCGUACUUCUACAUGUUGUAUUUGACUGCAGAGAGCAAGUGGAGUUUUACCCUGGGAAUUGCCGCAUUCCUGCCACAGUUCAUCUUGCUCACAGCUGUGUCUUUCGCCUAUUACAGAGACCUUGUCUUUUGUUGUUUUCUUCAUACAUCCAUUUUUGUGACCUUUAACAAAGUCUGCACCUCCCAGUACUUUCUUUGGUAUCUCUGUUUUCUGCCCCUUGUGAUGCCACUAGUCAGGAUGCCUUGGAAAAGAGCCAUUGUUCUCCUAAUGUUAUGGUUUAUAGGGCAGGCCUUAUGGCUAGCUCCUGCAUAUGUUCUAGAGUUUCAAGGAAAGAACACCUUUCUGUUUAUUUGGUUAGCUGGUUUAUUCUUCCUUCUUAUCAACUGUUGCAUCCUGAUUCAGAUUAUUUCCCAUUACAAGGAAGAACCCCUGGUAGAGAGAAUCAAAUAUGAGUAAUGUAUGUUCCACAUUUUAUGGCACUAUUGCAUUCUGAUGUGGACCCGAGGAGAGCUUUGGAAAAUUGUUCUGAACAUUUUACCCACUCUAGUGAAAGUUUUCAUGUUCCAACGGAAGUUAAAACCAAUGCCUCAUAUAUAAAUGUGACACAAUAUUUGAGGUUCACCCUCUAAGAAAUCUUAGGACUCAGUUAUGUGGGACAUGAUGGGAAAGAAGUAAAUGUUACUUGUUUGAAAUUGGAA